AUGGUUGUGAAAAGAAAAAAGAGUCCUUCGGAUCCAUCUAGGAGGAAUACAUCUCAAUUUCGUCGGUCAUACUCUAUUUCGACUGUUGAGUCUGGGUAUUCUAAAGCAUUUUCCGAAGCCUUUUAUAGAAAUAAGCAUAUCAGACGCAGUGCAAGCCUUUGUCGAGUUAAUAAUUUUGAAAAAGAUAUGGAUUCACCCCUCUUACGUGAGCGCACUCAAUCAGCAAAUGAGUUUUUACCAUUUUGGUUUAUAUUUCGUAUUUGUUCGAACUCAGUCAGUGUUUUCUUUCACCACACCGAUUCUCACAUCAGAAGUAAUCAUAGUCCAGAUGCUGCUAUAUCUACAUCUCUGGCAUCAGAAAAAACAAUGUAUCAAGUUUCUUCAGACAAGCUGUCACUCGAGUGUGAAUACUGUAAUAUUUAUCACAAUGUAGUAAACUCUAUUCAUUCAGUCAUCCGAAUUCUAAAUCAGAAGCUUUUGUUGGCUAAACUUUGCGAUGAACGUUUAUGUGAUGAACUCUUGUUACCAGUUGAUGAGGCGGAUAUGAUUUCAAAACCCGACCUCAUUUAUAUUAAUGAAUGUAGUGAAAGCAAUAUACGAAAUGGAUCUCUUGAUUUAAUUAACUCUUGUGGAUGGAAAAUUCGAAGUAAACGUCGUAUUCGACCUUUUAUGCGUCACACACUUAUAACAGAUAAAAAGAAAGUGACGGUCAGUGAUCAGAAGCUGAAAACUUGCUCGAACACCAGCUCUAACGGUGUUGGAAAAUCCAAUUGCACCAAGCUUUCUACCGCAUAUGACACAACAAAGCACCCUGUGAACCUGAGUUGUGACCAGUUGAAAGUGUUGACCCAACACGAAAACUGGCCACCUGGUGUAUUUGCUUGCCCAGUACAGAUGACUAGCUAUAUUCGCUUGCAUCCUCGUGUCUUUCUGAAUUCUCAGAUGUACCCUGUUGAGAAAGGUAGACGUAUCAUUCCAGCCCUUCGUCAACUUCUAGAAAACUUGGCAAUAACAAAUAGGCCCAAUAUGUUCUUUCUCAUUGAUCAUCCCUCAAAACCAGAUUCAAAUUCCAUUGCUACGAGAAGAAAAAAGCACACUUAUUGUGACUCCGAAGUGCGGUCAGGACAUUCUAUAGCAGAAUAUUCGCAACAACCUAUAUUUUACAUGCUACUAAAAGAAGUUACAACUUCAGCGUUUUUAUCUGAACGUCAACCAAGUCCAUCAGAUAAACAAAUAGCUCAGAUGGAACCCAAGUAUCCAUUGGAGUCUAGGUUUAAUGGAAAAACAGAUAAAACUAUACACGUGUGCUCAGAUGUCUCCACUUCGACCUACUUUGGUAGUUCAGAACAAACUACGAAAGUUAAACUGGAUCGUGACACGAAAACACUUUUAAAAGGAUUGGGCAAAGCUGAACUGUUUCUUUUCAAUCGUCCAAGUGCACAGGGUUUCUCAAAACAUGGUGUGGCAACUGUAUUGGUCCAGCUUAUGAUGGUUUCCGGUGAUAAAACACUCCAAAUGAAUCAUAAUCCCCUUGAACCGUACGUUAUUCUAGAUUGGGCGUCCCCCAAUGAACCCAUUUGGACCAGCAAGUCCUGUGAUCUGUGUUGUCAGGAUAUAUCAAAUGCUAUUAAGGAUUUCUCGGAAGUUAGUGAAUUUGAUAUGCAAACUCAUCCUGGUCUUAUUCAACCACUCCCCCGGCUUGUCUUGUCAGUUCGUAUGUGGGAGCGUGAACAUUCUGACCUCAGUAAAUUGAAAUUGCGUUUGAUGAAUUCUGUGCAUCAUGCUCUUUAUGAUCUUAUGACGGAAUAUCUUGUUCUUACUUUACCAAUAUUUUUUGACUUUGACUGCAGUGGUGUUGCACACCAAGACCUAAAAACUACUGACUUUGUGACUUCAGAUUCAAGAUCUAAAUGUGUAAAUGCUGAGGAUCUGUCUUUGAAUAACAUUAUUUUUCCAUGGAUGAAAGAGGGUAGGAAUAUUGAAUCGCCGCUUGUAACCAAUGUGUCUGCUAGCCUUUCCUCAUCUUUAUUCGUCGAGCAACUAAUUUCGGAUCUCUUGAAACCAUUUAUUUCCCAUGAAGACGUUUCUGUGUUUGACAUUUCACCAAACGCUAGCUGCAGGAAAACGAAUUGUGCUACAGAAUUCACUUCUGUAUCUAAAAUUUCCUGUGGAUCAUAUAGUUCGCUUGAGACGCCUGGAAACUCUUGUCUUAAAUAUGACGCGAUAUUCGGAGAAAGUGCGCAUAUGUUCAGACCAGGUUUUACCAGCGAGUACAUCAUUGUUGGCCACAAUCUGAAUGCAUGGAGAAAUACUCGUGGAUUAUCCCAUACCGGACGCGAAUAUAAACCCUCAACUUUUCAUAAAUCAUCUGGCAGCCUAUCAAAAAUCCGGCUCAUUGAAUUUAUUUCUGAUUCUGGUAAUCAUUACGAUGCAUCUUCACGAAUGCAGCCACUGAGGGUCAACAUCUCAUCAAAUCAAUAUUCAUCUUCUUCAGUCAGUAACGAUUUUAAUCCGAAUUUCAAAAGGAUCCAUCGCAAUGAAGAGAUAUCUACAUCUGAAGCACGGUUUUCAUCGGUAAUGAUGGCAGAAGACGUACUGUCCAGUCGUCCGAUUCUCACUGGUGUCCUGCUGAUAACUGUUAUUGCUAUGGAUCCCUUGUAUCUAAGUUCCCAGAGUUUUGUCCUGUUAAAAUUGGGAUGA